AGCAGGUUUGCAGAAGUGUUGAAAAAGGCAGAAGCAAGCGCUACACACAUUGCAGCAGCAUGUUUUGUUUUCUGGUGCUGACCUGUGUGCUCUGCAUGGGACAAGCUACAGGACAGAGAGAUGGUGAAAUUAUAAAUCAGAUUAAAAUGUCAAACCUUGCCCUGUCGGAGAUAAAAGAGCUUCUGAAACAAAUGAUUAAAGAGAUGGUAUUCCUCAAGAAUACAGUGAUGGAGUGCGAAGCCUGUGGGAUGCGAGGGGGGCUGGCUCGUCCUUCCUGUGUGCCCAACCCCUGUUACCCUGGUGCAAGGUGUAUGGAGAUGCCUCGAGGUCCAAGUUGUGGACCCUGUCCAGAUGGCAUGGAGGGUAAUGGCACCCACUGCACUGACGUGGAUGAGUGUUCUGUGGUGCCGUGCCACAUGGGUGUGCGGUGCAUCAACACCUCCCCAGGGUUCCGCUGUGGCUCUUGUCCCGCGGGAUACACUGGACCUCAGCUACACGGCAUCGGCAUUGCUUACGCCGCUGCCAACAAGCAGGUGUGCAAGGACAUCAAUGAGUGUGACAGCCACACAAAUGGUGGUUGUGUAGAGAAUUCCAUCUGUAUGAACACUCCAGGCUCCUUCAGAUGUGGCCCCUGUAAUAAGGGCUACGUAGGAGACCAGCAACGCGGCUGCAAGCCUGAGAGGGCGUGUGGGCACGGCCAGCCGAGCCCGUGUCACGCCAGCGCAGAGUGCAUCAUCCAUCGAGAUGGCAAGAUCGAAUGUCAAUGCGGAGUUGGUUGGGCUGGGAACGGUUUCCUGUGUGGACCGGACAUCGACAUUGAUGGUUUCCCAGACGAGAAGCUGGACUGUCCCGAGACGAACUGUGCCAAGGACAAUUGUCUCAGGGUGCCCAACUCUGGGCAAGAGGAUGCUGAUCGUGAUGGAAUUGGAGAUGCCUGUGAUGACGAUGCAGAUGGAGAUGGGAUCCCCAACACACAGGACAACUGUGUACUGGUGCCCAACGUGGACCAAAGGAACAUCGACGAAGACGACUUUGGCGAUGCUUGCGACAACUGCGGAGCUGUCAAAAAUAACGACCAAAAGGACACCGAUAUGGACAAAUAUGGUGAUGAAUGCGAUGAAGAUAUCGACGGGGAUGGGAUCCCCAAUUACCUGGAUAACUGCAAAAGAGUUCCCAAUGCUGACCAAAAAGAUCGUGAUGGAGACAAAGUUGGAGACGCCUGCGAUAGCUGUCCCUAUGUUCCCAACCCAGACCAGUUGGAUGCGGACAACGACCUGAUCGGAGACCCUUGCGACACUAACAAAGACAGUGAUGGCGACGGUCACCAAGACUCUCGAGACAACUGCCCAGCCGUCAUCAACAGUUCCCAGCUGGACACCGACAAGGACGGCAUAGGAGAUGAAUGUGAUGACGACGACGAUGACGAUGGCAUUCCGGACCUGCUGCCGCCAGGUCCUGAUAACUGUCGUUUAAUCCCGAAUCCCCUGCAGGAGGACUCUGACGGCAAUGGCAGAGGUAAUGUGUGUGAAACGGAUUUCGACAACGACACCAUCAUUGACACCAUCGACGUUUGUCCUGAAAAUGCCGAGGUCACACUCACCGACUUCAGGGAGUAUCAAACUGUGGUUUUAGAUCCAGAGGGUGACGCUCAGAUUGACCCCAACUGGGUGGUGCUGGACCAGGGCAGAGAGAUUGUCCAGACAAUGAAUAGUGAUCCUGGAUUGGCUGUUGGUUACACUGCUUUCAGUGGUGUCGAUUUCGAAGGGACGUUUCAUGUCAACACGGUGACAGACGACGACUAUGCAGGAUUUAUUUUCGGCUACCAAGACAGCUCUAGUUUUUACGUGGUCAUGUGGAAGCAGGUGGAGCAGAUCUACUGGCAGGCCAACCCAUUCAGAGCCGUGGCAGAACCCGGCAUCCAACUCAAGGCUGUCAAGUCCAACACAGGCCCUGGUGAGAACCUGAGGAAUGCCCUGUGGCACACUGGCGACACAAGUGAUCAGGUGAAACUGCUGUGGAAAGAUGCCCGCAAUGUUGGCUGGAAGGAUAAGACAUCUUAUCGCUGGUUCCUCCAGCACCGACCCGCUGAUGGAUACAUCAGGGUUCGCUUCUAUGAGGGUCCUCAGAUGGUAGCGGACACAGGUGUCAUUAUUGACGCCACCAUGAGGGGAGGUCGACUUGGAGUCUUCUGCUUCUCCCAGGAGAACAUAAUCUGGGCCAACCUGCGUUACCGCUGCAAUGACACUUCACCAGAAGACUUCGACACCUAUCAUGUGCAGCAGGUUCAGCUGGUGGCCUGAAGAAAAUGAACAAGACCUGGGAAAAGCUCCACACACAUUACAGUCUCAGUCUGACAGUCUGAUGUAAACACAUCAGAAGAGGCCCAGCAGAUGAAAACAGAAGAGGAAAGUCAACCUAAGAUUUUUGUUUAGAAGUUGACCAUGUUUCAUUUUUAUUGUUGAAAAAUGCCACUAAAGAAUUAUAUGGGUUUUUGGUAAAUGACGCAUGAAGUAUGCAGUUAGUUAGUCAACCUUGAUAAACCUGUUUUAUACGGCUGCAAUCUUUUAAUUCAUAUAAUGUCAAGUAUGCCAGUUAUUUGGUCAAACCUGCAGUUGUGGUCAGAAGUUUACAUAUACUCAUCAAGGGCAUAUCAUAUUAAUUGUCCUUUUAAUUACUUUUUAUUUAAACUGAGUGCGCUGAGUACUACUACUACUACUAACUGAGUAUAUACUGCACAUAUACCCCACUAUUGUCCCUAGCAAGUUGCACCUCAACAGAACUGACCUAACUAUGCACAAACAUUUCGCUAUUUAACUCUUCUUGGCAGAUUGGUAGUGUUCAUUUAAAGUGGAUGAUUUCCUGGCACAGACUCUGCAUUUUAGCAUCAUCUAGAAAUAAAAAAAAACAAUAGGCUUGAGGUCCAGGCAUCCAGAACCUUCAUCUAUUCCAAAACCAGUUUUGAUGUGUGAUUGGGAUCAUAGCCCUGAUUGAACACCCAGUUCUGUCCUGAUUCCAGCAGUGUAGACAUUUAUUCGCGGUAAACUUGAAAGAUUUGGAGAUAAGUCUUUUUUCCAGUUCAUAUUCCAUCUUGUGCAUUGUACCCGUACCAAUGGCAACCCCAGAGCAUUAUGCUCCCCCCCCCCCCCCCACUAUAAUUGACAGUUGGCAUAUUUUUCGUUUGAAAGCCUCACCUUGACACUUCCAAGAUCCAAAGUGUGAAAGGUGCCUAUUCCAGGUGUCCAGGGCAUCUUUCUUGGUCCAUGGUGAUUGUUAAAUAAAUUGUAGAAGUUAUCAUUUAUUUGCUUAGCUUGCAUUAGUAUUAUGGACGAUUUUAACUGUAUUUGUUUCAUAAAAAUGAUUCUACAGUUAAAAAUCGAAAUGAAGUGACUGUAAAAUGAUAUGAGAAUUUGUGCAAAUACAUGAUAAACAGGAGGGAAAUGUUAAAUAAAUUGUAGAAGUUAUCAUUUAUUUGCUUAGCUUGCAUUAGUAUUAUGGACGAUUUGAGAUGUCUCGCCUUCAAAAAGACGACUCAGCAUCAUCCGAUGGAAGGGCGCCUGGACCAAGGACGUGAUCGGAUGUGGUCGGGGACGUGACAGGUGUUGGUCCAAUGUUUUGUGUUGUGUCUUGUAGCUUAGUACGUUGUCUUGUAAACUUAGAAACCUCCCUAUUUUCAAAUAAAUGCAGGAGCGACGGGAGAGAUUGGUUAGAGCGUGUUGAGAGACUGUGAUCUGAACAAUCUCCCAUACGCCCUCCUCAUGAGAAAAAGAAACCAGUCUCUUCAUUCCUUUUGUGUCUAUUUUUUAUAAUGUUGGGUAAGAUAAAUCCAACAGUGAUGAAAAAUGAAUGUCAACUGCAGACAAUGACACUGGUGUUCCAGUAGCUUACAGUUCAUGACAGGCUUGAGUUCAUGUUUGGUUUCCCAAACAUUCAAACUAAAUUGAAUUUAUCUGAGGUAAACAUGUUUUGGCCUUCCUUUGUACUUUGGUAAAGACCCAAAUACAUUAACUUGUAGUGAUGUGAAUUGUUUGAGCUUGGAACCUUCAGUUGUUUAGAAUUGGAUCCAAAAGACUCUCUCGACCUGUGUAAAUAUACAAUUCUCCUACUUCGAUCUGCACUUCACAAUUCCUUGGACUUUGCCAUUAUUAUGAGAAUUGGAGGAGCCAAGGACUGCUGUCAAACAUUAUUUUCAUGCAAGCAACUAUGAGAGGCUUUUCAACUUAAAAGCCAGUCAAUAACCUUCAGUGCCACUUAUUUGGGUGGAUGUUUGGCUAUAGUUCUGUAUAAGUUUCACCCUAUGUAGAUUCUAGAAAUUCCGAAAUAAAUGACAUGUUCACCCAAUUCUUCUUUACAAGAUAAGUGUAUGAAAAGUGUCAUGCAAUUCCAAUUCCACCCAGGAAAAUAAAAUAAAAGCCCAAAAGAAAUAUGGCAUUCUUGUCCAUCAGUGUAUGUAAACUUUUGAUCGCAACUGUAUGCAACACGAAAACGGAGACGUGCACCUUAAGUAACAAACGUGCUUUUCAACAGCUUUUGGUGGAAAGCAAAUUUAAGAUUUCACAUGCACAUAUCCAAAAUAAUCUGGAAAUACAGACUACAAAAAAGACAAUAUACAGCAGGGUUGAAACAUGCAUGUCCACAGCAACACGCUGCCAUGUUGAGAGUUUUGCAGUCAACACAUUUCGCAAAU